AUGCCGCAGCUCGUUCACUGUUCUUAUUGUUCCACUUUCUCUUCAGCGACGACGAUUUCGAAGAGAUGGAGGAGACAGAGGAGGAGAACACGACGAGUUGUUGCUAAUGCUGCAUCCGCUCGUGAAAAGAGCGACGACGAGAGAACGAAUCGAAUCAUCAUAAUCGAAGAAAUCUUGAACGCAUCCACCCCGGAGAGAACUUUGGGAAUACAAGAAGAAGAGGAAGAAGAGGAAGAAGAUGAAGCGAAAAGAAGAGUACGCGCGAGAAAGGCAUUCUCAAACAGAGUGAAACUGAUCCACCCGGACGUGUGCGAGGACGAGAGGAGCGCAGAAGCGACCGAGAAGUGCGUCAGAGCGUACGCGUGGUUGCUGAAUAGGGAAGAGGAGUUUGAGAGAGAGGACACCAAUAAGAACACCAACAACGUAUACGGAAGCGUAUUCGUGAACGAGAUUUUAUGCGUCGGAGCGUCGAAUUGUCCGUCGUAUUCGAAUUGCACAGUCACGGCGAGAGAGUAUUUUCGCGUCAAUCCAAAAACAAAAGCGGCGAGGUUCGAGAGAAGUGAAAAGAGCAAUCCUCUAAAUGCGGCGACGGAAGCGGAAAUCUACGCGGUGCAUCUCGCGGUGGAACAGUGUCCGAGACGAUGCGUGCACUGGUUGGACGAGAAGCAAACGCAAGCGUGUGAGGAAGAAUUACAAAAAGCUAUAGACGGGAUCGAGUUGAUAGACGACACGGCGCUUCGGCUCGAAUACAUGAUUAGUGCGUUCACGGCUGAAAAUAGGCUCAUCGAGAGAGAGUUGAGAGCGGCGGAAAACAGACGAGAGAGGAACGGAGCGGCGAGCGGAACCGACAACGCGAGCUGGUGGAAAUAA